AUGAGACUGCGAUCGUCGCAGGUGUGGCGCUUCGCAACGGUAGACAGGGCCUCCAGAUGGAGGCCCUUUGGCGAAGCAAAGGAUUCCACAGCGAGAAACAAGGGCUGGAAGCAGCAACAAAGCAACACGGAUUCCAUAGGUGUAACAGCAAAAAAAAUGGCACGGAGCCGUGUAGAUGAUGAGGCACGUUGGGUGUCACUUAUAGAAGAAGCGAAAGUGAACAUAGCUUCACUCACUCCAAUGGAUAUCGCAUUGCUGGUAAACGCCCUCACCAGAGUCUUGAGGGCCGAUUCCGGACUCUACGAAAUGCUAAGGGACAGGAUAACACACAUGAUGGCAUUCUUUAGCACGCAACACCUCGCAAUGAUCAUAUCGGCUUAUGUGAAGGCCGGCCUGAUGGAACAGUCGCUGUAUGACUCUCUGAAGGCGGAAAUAAACCAGCGGAUGUACGAGUUGAGCACGCCCACAGAAAUAUGCAUGAUUCUCAACGCCGUUGCUAGGUACAAGGACCGAGAUGAACAAUUCCUCGUGAAACUGGCCGCUCACACGACGCACCACAUAACUGAGUUCCUCACAGAAGAAAUUGCCCUCCUGGCAAGUAGGUACCACGCCCUAGACAUAUACGACAAAGCGCUAUUCGACGCAAUCGAAGAACGCGUUACCAGACACGUGGGGAGAUUCCUGACCAACGACGCUAUCGCAACCCUUGCAGCGUUCUCCCACUUCGACGCGGAAAACGAACGCAUACGUGAGCUGCUAAAAAAGCACAUAAAGGAACAGCGCGAGUAUCUGGAUGCCGAAGACUACGCGGAAAGGAUUCGGUCGGCCAACCUGUCUCCAGAAGACAGAGCAGACCUAUUAAACUCAGAGGCAUAA